UCAAAACCCAUUGCAACCAAUACUCAUCUCUUUGAGUCUUCCCAAUGUCUGGAAGUGCGGGCAGACAACCAGGUCCUAGUCACAUGGAGCCCAGCAACACUGGAAACAGUCGCGCACACCGCUCAAAGCCAUUUGUGCAUUAUGUUAGCCCUAAAGGAAAGCAGAUAGCGCACAGCGCAUCGGCGGUCGGAGAACAGGAGCCGCGGGACAAGAGCGUCUGCGACAACCCCGACGACUCAUCCUCCAAUAGUAGCGUGGACUCCUAUGAUGAGUUAGACGAAAUCGAUCCCGAAGAUUCUAUUUCUGUUAGUGGAAAACAACAACACAACCACCGCACCAAGCGCAACGCGUUCCUUCCGAAGGAUUGCGCGCACCAGCACCAGCACCAGCACCAGCAGGAACAACCUCAACCUGUCCCGAGUUCCAUAUCUGUAGAGUUUGGCCCUGCCGGUAGACAAGGGUUACCCUAUUCGUACAACAGCCUCUUCGGGCCAGGUCCGCAAGGAGGGGCAGGAUGGGUACCUAGGGUACCUCCUCCAGCACCUUAUUAUGGCAACGCUGGGUACAUGCCUCCCAACCAGGACCACUACACGACGCCCUACUGGCAACAGCCCUCUUACGAGGAAUGGAAUGAUAUGAUGCAUUACCCGAUGUGGAAUCCUUUUGCUCCAGGACAGGGCGGUUGGCCACCACCUGCCGCACCUGUUGGGAGGCCAGGGAGAUCCCACCGGGCUCGAAAUCGGUCCGUUAAGACAAAGGAGAGGCAUUUAUCAAAUCAUGCGCUCGAUGCAGAGUCUCGGCCAGCCGGGUCCGUCGCGGACCGAAGAAGUCCUGGGAAAGGCCCGGGGAAAUCUGGAGACGACGUGGACGUUCUGCGACUGGCUGCCGAUGUCGACGCCGUUUAUACCUCUGUCGAAGCAAGAGACCUCUCCGUCCAUCUCGAGUUCGACCUCUUCAGAGACUUAGACGAAGAGCUUGAAGAUUUCAGCCGGCUAUUUCGGAUGGGCAACUUCAUAGCAGCGGAGUCGUUCUUCGAAUCGCACCUCAAGGAGCACAUGAGUAGCGACCCUUCCAUCUUCGUACAGUACGCUGAGAUGCUUCUUGAGAAAGGAGACUUCAAGUCACUGCUACUUCUGGAUGGCAAUUCUGUGUUUGGACGGCGAGGGCCCAAUGGCCGCAAAGAUCCAGAAAAGUCCGAGGUCGAGGAACAGCUUGAGAUUAAUUGGAUGCUCGUGCGAGCAAGGGCUUUAAUUCAUAGCCAGCAUGAGCUGCACACGGUAUGGCACGGUAUUACGAUACGAUUAUUUGAUGACUGUACGGCGUCAGAUAUUAAUUCCACCGAGUUGAGGAAUCUCAGCAUGAGCAUGCGUAUGAUAUGCCUCGCAUCCGAUCGAACCAUCCCUCGCGACCUGAAAGAGAGGGAAUUGAGUGACUGGGCCGGUUGGAAGAGCAUUUACAGGCAACUCCUUGCGGAGCAGAGAAUAUGGGAUUUCAGGGAUGUACUGAUUGACGCAUGCAUAUCCUACGACACGGACCAAGCGCUAAAUGCUUUCAUUGACCAUACCUCCCCCAUAGAGGGUAUGGUGGCAGACUGGCAGACAGGCACGCCGGACGAGUCGACGGAGCUUGCAUUGCUGGACCUACUCACCUUCAUAGCUCUCCACAGCGACCAAUCUCUGGAAGAUGGAAGGUUGGUGGGUGACUGUCUGCGCCUAGCUGAGCCAAUCGGCCACUCACUGUUGGACAAUUUUCCUCACACAGUCAACAGUCGGCCCUUCAUUCAAUGGCUGAUCUCCAAGGCUGUGGUAAAGAAUGCUUUCGAGCAUUUCGCGUACCUUUCGGACUACGCCGGACUGGCGAUCUGCCCCAAGUCUGCGGCAGGCUUGCCUCAUUAUAUCCCAAUCCGCCAAGAAAAUCCCGGCUGGCUGCCUCAUGAGCUAAAUACGGCUGCCCGCGAUAUUCUGCAAGCAACACUCAAGGCAUCCCGGGAUAUGAAGGACUACCAAACAGAAGCUCUUUGUCUGAAAUCGCUGGCUCUCGGGACAAAAGACCCUGUUGCCUAUUUCCAGCAGCUGGGCCAGCUUCAGAAGAACCAACAGAACAUGGGCGGAUUCUUGAGCACGUGUCUGACCAGAUAUCUAAUAUGCCACGAUGAUGAGUCGAAAAAGGUCUUGCUGGACGACCUGAAUAGUUUUGGCUCAUGGAAGGACGCGUCUGAUCUCUUCGACCCCAUUGGGGCGGCCAGCCGGGAUGUUCUCCAGCAUGCGCUCUCCAGACGCCCAGGGGCGGAGAGUCCCAUCCCAAGCAUCAUGUCGGCUUCCAAGUAUUCUUUACACUUGCCAGAACAUUUCAAAUCUAUUUUUCGAUACACGGGACGGCCCCGACUCACUGAGACCGGUGAACACCCUCGCCCCCCAACCGAGAUCUCGCUGGUGGAGCAACACUCCGAGAGUGAGGAUGAGCCACAGGAGAGCCCGGAGAGAAACACCAGGUCACGCAAUGCCCGCAAUAAUGGUGGAUCCAGGGUCGGAAAGAAGUUCGGUACCAAAGAAAAACACCAUUCGGCCGCGCCGGGCUUCUACCCAGGCCCCUGGCCCAGCUACGGGGUGCCUCCGUUCUACUUUCCGAUGAACAUGAUGCACAGGGCUCAGGCCCCUCCCCCACCAGAGUGGCUACCUCGGCCACCACCACCUCCUCCCACUGUCCAAGAGUACAAGCCGAGUCCAGAAAUAUUGGAAAUCCAGAAACAACUAGAGAUCCUCCAGGCUGAACGCAGGGAUCGGGAAGAGUCCAAAAAGCGAGCCGAGAUGCAUCAGCCUCCUCCCACCACCGAGGAGCAUAGACCCAGCCCGCAAAUGGAGGAGAUGAAAAAGCAACUAGAGCACCUCAAAGCUGAACGCAGGGAACAGCAAGAGUCCAAAAAGCGGGCCGACAUGGAGCAGAGGAUCAGACAGGAAACCGAACACACCUUCAAAAUCAGGAUGGAGGAAAUGCUAAAGGCGCAAGAAGUGGCCAAGAAGGAGAUUGAGCUCACAAAAGUUGCAGCUGAGAGGGCAGCCCGGGAGCGACUCGAGGAAGAGCACAAGGCCGAGGCUGAGCGCCAGAGGCAAAUCGCCGAGCUAAUUGCUAAGGCUGAGCGCGAUGCUGAGAAAAAGUACGACGCUGCGCUCAAGGCCGAGGAAAGGCACCGGCGGCAGGCAACCCAUGAGAUGCGGGAGCAGAUGCGGGAGGAGAUGCGGCUGGAGAUGCGGGCUCUCGCGAGGAGAGAGCGAGAGCGCAUGGAGGACGAGCUGCAGCGCCGGGGACCGGAGCAGAGUUGGGCGCAGUCCCCGUGGGAGGGCCGGCAGCACAUGGAGGGAGAAAGGGCUAGGGAGGAAAGAUAGCGUGGAUGACCUCGGGACGCUCUACAUCCUGAGGUGGAGAAAAAGCCUCGCGGACGACGUGAGCGUGCUGGAUAUGUAUCCCACGGCAGUACACAACAUAGUGUAACCUUUAGACAUAGAGAUUAAAAGCGAGGGGAAACAGUUCUUAGCGUAUCUGGCUCCAGCCUGUCAAACAUAAAAAUACACAGCGAGCAUUGACUGUCCUA